CCCGAACAAAUCCCCUCUAAGCCCUAAAACCCUCGCUUCAUCUUCUUCACACCUCACAACUUACAACGGCCUCCCUCCGCCUCUCUCUCUCUCUCUCUCUCUCUCCUGCGCCGACGCUCGAGCUCUGGUACUGCUUUGCUUCGCAGAAAUAAAGCAGGAAGUGAAGUUGGUUUUUGAGGUUUUCAAGAUAACGCGUCCAGCGACCGAACGGUUAUAUUGAGGCGACUAGCGGGGCUACUGGUGGGGCAACAGAAUGCCGAAGUCUAAACGGAACAGAGCAGUUACACUGUCAAAGACAAAGAAGAAGGGAAAGGAGCAGAAGCAAUCGCUUGUAGAUGCUAUCAGGGAAGCUGUGGAGCACUAUAGCUCAAUUUAUGUUUUUUCCUUUGAGAACAUGAGAAAUCUGAAGUUUAAAGAGUUCAGGGAGCAACUCAAAUCUUCAAGCAGAUUUUUUCUUGGUUCAAACAAAGUCAUGCAAGUUGCUUUGGGUAGAUCAGUUGGAGAUGAGUUGAGACCAGGCAUCCGCAAAGUCUCUAAGGUCUUGCGUGGAAAUACUGGGCUUUUUCUCACUAAUUUGCCAAAAGAAGAGGUUUUGAGAUUAUUCAAUGAAUUCGAAGAAUAUGAUUUUGCGAGGACAGGAAGCAACGCAGCAGAGAAGGUGGAGCUUAAGGAAGGUCCUCUGGUAGAGUUCACCCAUGAGAUGGAGCCCUUCCUACGCAAGCAAGGGAUGCCUGUCCGGUUGAACAAAGGUGUGGUGGAGCUUGUUUCAGACUUUGUUGUUUGUGAAGAGGGAAAGCCGUUGUCACCCGAGUCAGCUCGGAUACUGCGUCUGUUGGGGAUCAAGAUGGCUACCUUCCGGCUUCAUUUGAUAUGCAGAUGGAGUCCUGAGGAUUUUGAACUCUAUGCAGAAGGAAUGGAUGAUUCUGAUGUUGAAUCUUCCUAGAGGAUUUGCUAGAGAUGCAGUUUUGUUUUGCUUUUGCUUUUGGCGUCCGAUCGGUACUCCAAUUAUAUCUAAGGUUCAUGUAAUUCCAUUGCUAUCAAGCGUGCGAGGUUUUGUCUGUAGUUUUCGGCCCAGGGGUGUCCUCGUUGUAUCUUUAGCUAUUCAUAUUUUGACUUUGAUAAGCCUAUGAGUAGUCCAUUAAAGGCUUAUUAUAGUGCAUUGGGCCUUAACUGUGUUCCAUUUGAUUUUGCAAUUAGUGGAUGCAAUCA